AUUCGGUUAGAAGCAUCGGCUGUGCAUAGAAAACAAAAAAAAAAGUAAAAAUAAAUGUUUAUUAGAAAAAUUUAAAUAUAUUCUUCAAAAUGAAGAUUUCUUCGAAAGAUACUGAAAAAAGUUAUGGAUAUGGAGUUCGCCACAUUCAGAUGUUAUGUAUGUGUCUCAACAUGAUCGCGUUAUUCAUCGCCCGCGGCAGCUUGGGGGUAGCUGUACUUGCCAUGACGGAUACGGGGAAACGGAAUAACCCAAACAUAACUGUAUAUGAGUGGGAUAAGAAGAUCCAGGGUUUAAUAUUAUCUUCAUUUUUCUGGGGCUAUACUGUGAUGCAGAUUCCAGCUGGUCUCCUGUCGAAGAGAUACGGUGGAAAACCUAUUUUACUAUUUUCCUUGUUAGCCAAUGCUAUCAUUUGCGCUCUACUACCAACACUUGUACAUUAUGGCGGAUGGCAAAUAGUAUGCGUAUGUCGAGUACUGAUGGGUCUCACACAGGCUUGCCUUUUCCCUGCCAGUCACACGCUGCUUGGCAAAUGGCUGCCAGCACAAGAAAGGACUUCGUAUACUGGCAUAGUGUAUGGAGGUACACAAAUGGGCAUUAUAAUAGCUAUGCCAGUAUCAGGUGUUUUGGCAGAAACGAAAAUGGGUUGGAAGCUUAUUUUCUACACCGUGUCAUGUAUAAUGUUCGUGACUGCGGCGAUAUGGGCGUUCUUCUCAGCCAACAGUCCAAGAGACCAUCGUCUGAUGACGAAUGAGGAAAGAGAAUAUAUCGAGAGAGGGUUGAACGUUGCUAACUCCAAGGUUCUUAGUACGCCAUGGAAGAAAAUAUUUACAACGAAGGCUUUAUGGGCUAUAAUGUUGAGUCACUUUGGCUGUGCCAUCGGUUUCGUGCUCUUCUUCGUCGAUAUGCCCACUUACUUGGAGAGGGGCUUACAGAUAUCGUUGAAAAAUAGUGCAUCUUUGUCAGCGUUACCGUAUAUGGGCAUGUUGUUUGGGAACGUCGUAUCAACAUCUAUCUGUGAAAAAAUAUAUAACAAAGGAUAUUUGUCACUAAUAAAUUGCAGAAAGCUUUUCAAUUCAAUUGGUUUCAUUGGUAUGGCAGUUGGUCUGCUAGUGCUGUCGUUUAUCGGCCCAGAUAACAAGAAUAUAGCGAUCGUCACUUUGGUUGUAGCUCUCACUUUGAGUGGAUUCUGGUCUGCGGGUUUCAUGAUGGCCCAUUUGGACCUAUCACCCAACUAUGGUGGUGUUAUGCUCUCUUUAACAAACUUCGUGGCUAAUUUUGGGAGUAUCAUUACGCCUAUCGUCACAAGUUUGAUUCUACGGAAUGAUCCAACAGACGUAAGUCGUUGGCGCAUUGUAUUCAUCGUGACAGCCGUGGUGACCAUAAUUUCCAAUACUGGCUUCGUAUUGUUUGGGAGUUCAGAGCGGCAGGAGUGGGAUGACCCUGACUAUAUGGACAAAAGGAAAGCUGAUAUAGAGGAGAUGAUGCCAGCUUUAACACCUGUCAAGGAUGAAAAAGACUGUAAAGAAGAAAAAUGACUGCAAAUAAUUUAACUGAAUUGACAAGACUAUUUAGAAAUACGAUUUAUUUUAAUAAUAUAAGUUUUAAGCAUGU